GGUAUGGUUGAAAACUCGAAGUCCAUCGCGCUCAGCAGAAGAGGAGCAGCACAACUAAAUGUGACUUAUCUGAGCAUCAUCAUCAUCACAUCUGCGCCUCCGGGAGACGAAGAAGAGACGAACUCUGAAAGCGCAAACAACGCGAUCAGAGCCUCCCGGAGUGAUAUGAUAUCAUUAUUAUUAUAUCUCUCGACGUGACGACUGUUUGUCUGCCUCUAAUGUUUCCAACCCACUGAGACCAGGGGGAUUUAUUCCUUCUUUUGUUCUUUGCUUUUUUAUUGACUUAUUAAUAAAAGCAGCCAAAACGAAUAAAUACGGGUCAUUAUGGUUUUGUUAACACUGCAUAAUAGAAGAGGGUUGAAUUGCUUGUGCGCGCAGUUCUUGCUCUGGAUUUUAUGUGCUGUGGACGGUGAGGAGCAGCAAUUCAGUGUGGAGGCUUGGCUGCAGAGGUAUGGCUACCUCCCUCUCACAGACCCCAGAAUGUCCGUCUUGCGGUCAGAACAGACCAUGCAUUCUGCUAUCGCUGCCAUGCAGCGUCUCUACGGCCUUAACGUCACCGGUGAACUGGAUAAGAACACCAUUGACUGGAUGAAGAAGCCACGAUGUGGGGUGCCAGACCAGUUCGGCGGUGCCUUGAAAUUUAGCGUCCGAAAAAGACGUUACGCUCUCACAGGGCAGAAAUGGCAACAUAAACAUAUCACGUACAGUAUAAAAAAUGUCACGCCUAAGGUGGGAGCGGAGGAGACCCACAACGCCAUUCGCCGGGCGUUCGAUGUGUGGCAGAAAGUCACGCCGCUGCGUUUCGAGGCAGUGCCCUAUAGCGACCUGGAGCGCAACAAGAAAGAUGUGGAUAUUACUAUCAUUUUCGCCUCAGGUUUCCACGGCGAUAGCUCCCCCUUCGAUGGAGAAGGGGGUUUCCUUGCACAUGCCUACUUUCCUGGUCCGGGGAUUGGAGGAGACACACACUUCGAUUCGGAUGAGCCCUGGACUCUGGGGAACCCUAACCAUGACGGGAACGACCUCUUCCUGGUGGCAGUACAUGAACUGGGUCACGCGUUAGGCCUGGAGCACUCUAACGACCCCACUGCCAUCAUGGCCCCCUUCUACCAGUACAUGGACACAGAGAACUUCAGACUGCCACAUGAUGAUCUGCAGGGCAUCCAGAAGAUCUACGGUAAGAUUCACCCAGAACACACUCAAUUCACAACAUACUUUUUCUACAGUGACCUAACGGUCCUACCAGCCCAUUCGCACCCUCCCGUAGAUCCACGCAAAAACGACAGGCAGACACGGCCUCCGCGAAUACCGACCGGCGACAAACCAAUGCACCCGAAUGCUAAGCCAGACAUCUGUGACGGCAGCUUCAACACGUUAGCCAUCCUCAGGAGGGAGAUGUUCGUGUUUAAGGAGCACUGGUUUUGGAGGGUCAGAGAUAACGCUGUGAUGCCCGGUUACCCCAUGCUUAUCAAUGUCUUCUGGAGGGGUCUGCCACCCAAGAUCGACGCCGUCUAUGAGAACAGCAAGGGCAAAUUUGUUUUCUUCAAAGGCAAGCAGUUCUGGGUGUUCAAGGACACAAUGCUACAGCCUGGCUACCCGCAGGACAUCUCAAUGUUUGGAAACGGCAUGCCAGCGCAGAGUAUAGAGACAGCCGUCUGGUGGGAGGACGUGGCCAAGACCUACUUCUUCAAAGGAGAUAGGUCUCUGGCAGAAGCUCUCUGGGUGGGGACGUCUUGCAUGAGUUCAGUCCGUAGCUGCAAGCGCGCAGGUCGACAGCCACGCAUAUGCCAUCUGUACCCAGCCCCGCUGCCAGGUUUCACUUACUUCUACAAGGACAAAGAGUACUGGAAGUUCAACAACCACAGGCUGCGGGUGGAGCCCGGCUACCCUCGCUCCAUCCUCAAAGACUUCAUGGGAUGCGACAUCACGCCCAUUGACCCCGACAUGCAGCCGACAGAGGACGAAGACGUUGUGAUUAAACUGGACAAUGAAGCCAGCACGGUCAAAGUCAUCGCCAUCGUCAUUCCCUGCGUCCUGGCGCUCUGCCUGCUGGUGUUGAUCUACACCGUCUUUCAGUUCAAGAGGAAGGGGACGCCCCGACACAUACUGUACUGCAAACGCUCCAUGCAGGAGUGGGUGUGAGUCACACGGCCACAAGACACGGUGGUGUAAACACCCUAAACUUGCUGACUUUGGCUCUCGACCUGCGUCUCACUCAAGGAGAACAGCGAGGGCCUUUGCUUUGAUUCCCCCCUCCAGGAGACGAGGGGUGCAUUUCCCUCCAAAACUCCCUUCUCUUGUCCCAUUGGCCCCGGUGCACCCGCUGUAGGAGGCUUGCGGGAUUGCAAGGAUCCCACGGUGCAUUGCACCGUCCAGUGCCACUGUUUGACGUGGAAAUCGCUGAUUGCUAUACCUUUAGGUUUUACAAGUGCACGCUGAAAAUUGAACAAAUUUACGAAAAUGUCGCAGGAGUCAGAUUUUUUUUUUUUUACUUUCCGAAUUUUCGCUUGGCUCCAAUCUAUUUAUUUUUGAACAGAAAUAUUUACGAUUCCCUUUAAAGCAUCCCAAACCAAAUAAAGACUCCAAAGAGGAUCUUUUUUCUUCUUUUUACAAUUUUUUUUUUUUUUUCUCCACUCCCUGCUCUAAAUAUUUUGCUAUGAUAUGUAGUGGGGAAAGUUUUGACUGUUGUGGCAGUCUGUCUCAAAAACAGGGGCCAAAUUAUUCUGCAAUAUUUUUAAUAGCCUUAAUUAUGGAUUGUGUUUGCUUUUGUUUUAGUUUAUUUGUUUGUUUUUGAGCACCGCUUUGUUUGUCCUGUCAGAACAGCAGUGCAAUAUUGCUUUGCACCCUUUGAGAUCGAUUUGAGACCUCAGUUUCGCCAGGGGCUGCACUGCCGCUGGAACGGGGCGGGACUCCUUAACCUCUGCCUAACAUAUCAGUCAAAACAGAGGGAAGACCGAGCUACUGCAACAAUGAAUACUUUAUUGUGUUUUUUUCCGUUCGACGGUAGAAUUGCAACAGCAAAGGAAGUGCUUAACCGUAUAUCGUGCUUUAUGCUCACUCGUUUGGUCGUGUUUACACGGACAGAGAUUUGAGAAUUUUUUUUUUCCCUUUUUCCAAAAGGUUGCUGUUCAAGACAGAGCAUGUCAUCUCCUUCGGACUGCCUUUAGGUCUGGAUGGGAUCCUAGAACCUUGACGUAUGAACCAGAACCACCGGAGCAACUCAGGACAGCGCUUGAUUCAAAGUGUAUGCAAGCCUUCACAUCCAGUCCUGUGUCUUUAUUAUCAACCGAGAAGAGAAUCAAGGAUAUAUCAUGUAACGUUUCACCAUUGCUUGUGAUCGGAAGUUUCUGCAAUAGGAUCGGACGAUUUUUUUAACGGAGUCAGAACUUUCAGUUGGGUCAUGUCUUGCAGUCUGACUCUAGAUCAAUCCUUUGCAUCGAACGGAUGUUUGAACAUACAGUUAUUUGCUUGCAUUAGCGUUUUUUUACGUUUGUUUAAUUUUAUUUUUUUUGGGUGCAUUCGAAAUGGUCUUAACCUCAACUUUAAAGUGGUACUUAAAGUGCUAAGCUGUCAUCCGGCACGUUUCCUUUAGAUGCGAGAAGAAGAAAAAAACGUACGUGAUCUGAAGGAAACGAUAUGCGUGUUUUUGGCAAGCAGUGUUUGAAUGUGUGUCUGUAUUGAUGCUAGAUUUUUUUUUCAUUGUUUUAAGAAAAAAAGGAAAAAAUGGGACAUUCUUCAAAUUCAUGUACUUCAUGACUCGGUUUGGGACGAACCGUCCUGACAGACUUAAUAAAUUAAUCAGUAUAUGA